UUAUUCUUUACAUUACAAAUGUAUACAUUUAGGAAUUUUUUUAAAACGGUAUAUUUAUUUUUCCGUGUUCGUGUUCAAUAAAAAUUUAUUACUAAUUUUAUUUGUAUUUUAAAAGUUGGAAUGCUGAUACACUUGGUUAAAGAAGUCACAAACAACAUUAUUUUCAAGUUUAGCUGACAACUUUAUAUUUUUGCUGACGUGUAAUUUUGAAAAUUAAAUUAUGAUGAAGAAGUAUCUAAUUUUAUUAAUUUUACUUGUUUUUUUAUUGAAUAAAUUGGUAAUUUCAUCAGCAUAUGAUGAUUCAAUUAAAAAUAAUAUUUUUGAUACUUGUAAUACACCAAUUUGCCAACAAGCCAUUGCUGGAUUAUUAAAUAACAUGGAUCCAAGUAUAAAUCCUUGUGACGAUUUUUAUAAAUUUUCAUGUGGAAAAUUUAGUAAUUCAUCUAAAAAAAAUUAUUUCGAUAAAAAAGAAAGAAAAUUUGUUGAGAAAACCAAAAAAAUAAUUGAACAAAAUGAAACAUUAAAUGAUUUUAAAUAUUUAAAAAUUGCUAAAGAUUUAUAUAAAUCAUGUAAUGAUUCACUGGUAAAUAUAACUAAUCGUUAUACAGAAAUUUUAAAUUCAAUGGAACCAUCUGGAGGCUGGCCAGUGCUCAAACAAAAUCAAUGGAAUGAGAGUGAAUUUAAUUUUAAUAAAACAAUAUUUAAAGUUGGUAAUACAACACAAUGGAAUAAUUAUUUUUUCGAAUUUGAAAUUGAUAAUUUUAAUUUCUCAUCAAUUCACAUAAAACCAAUAUAUUCAUUGUAUUUCACAUUAGAUGAUUUUAUUGAAGGUCCAAAUAACACAAACAUUCAAUCUUUUAAGGAAAAAACUAUAAAAAAAAUAAACAGAUUGGGUGUUAAUAAUUCAAUCGUUACAAAUGAUAUUGAUAAAGUAAUUAAUUUCGAAAUUGCACUUGGUCGUACGACACUAUCAAAAGAACAAAAAUUCAAUCCUACAAUUGAUCAAGUUGAAAUGACACUCAACAACUUGACAAAUGAUUAUUCAUUUUUUAAUUGGGAAGAAUAUAUUACUUAUCUUCGUGGUACACCAGUUGACCCAUCAAUAAAAAUAGUCAUCAAUAAUUUCAGUUAUAUGAAGAAAUUAAAAACUUUAUUAAAUUUAUAUGAUAAAAAAACUCAAGCUAAUUAUGUUAUGCUCAAACAUUUGUACAGCUAUUUAGAAAAUUAUGAUUUUGUUAAAGAGAAAGCAUGUACUCAAGUUGUUUUUGAGUAUCUUUCAAUAGCAACUGUGGCUAUUUGGGUUGAAAAUUAUAUUGACCCAAGUGUCAGGAUGAAUAUUUUUAAUAUGAUAUCAAAUAUUAAAAAACAAUAUCAUCAAAUUAUUGAGUACACUCCUUGGAUUGAUAAUGAAACAAAGAUUAAACUUGAAAAAAAAAUUGAAUCGUGUAAAUUUUUAAUUGGUUAUAGUGAUGAAUUUUUGAGCAAUUCAAUUAUUGAUAAAUUUUAUGAUGGUUUAGAUAUUUAUAAUGAAGAAAGUUUUUUUGAUAAAAUGGCAAAAAUUGAUUUAUUUUAUCGUAAAUUUUUAUUGACAUUGAGUAAUGAUACUAUUUGGGCUAUAUUGGGAAAACAAUUGAUUCAAAAAUCUGCAACAUUUUCUUAUAAUUUUAAUACACUAGUGAUUCCAUUUACGUAUUUUGAUGAUGAUUUUAUUCACAAUGAAAAACCAGAUUACAUGAAUUAUGGAGCUCUUGGAUAUGUGAUAGGCCAUGGACUUACACGCAGUAUUGAUACAAUAGGAAUAAAAUUCGAUGAGAAUAAUAAUUUCAAUGAAAAGUGGUUGACAUUGAAUUCAAUUGAAAAUUUAAAUAACCGUACUAAGUGCUUUGUCAAUGACCAAUAUUAUCAGAUUAUUAAUAAAAUUGCUGAAAUUGGUGGAUUAAAAUCUGCUUAUUUUGCAUACACAAAAAAAUUAAAAUCAUUAAAUGGUGAUAAAGAAAUUUCUAAUUUAUCCUAUAAUUCAACACAAUUAUUUUGGAUAAGUUAUGCAAAUGUAUGGUGUGACAAAAAUUCAUAUGAUAAAUCUCGAGUAAUUGAUGCAUUAUCAAAUAUGCUAGCAUUUUCGGAUGAUUUUAAAUGUCCAAUUGGAUCCAAAAUGAAUCCAAUUAAAAAAUGUACUGUAUGGUAA